CAGUAGUGAAGUAUAGAAGCUCUGCACAUCUCAGAGGCUGCAGGUGUAUCAUUCCUUCUGCCUUCACACGCUGGGCUGGGCUCAAGUCCAAGUUUUCCACUUCCUGUCUCUGCUUCUGACUUGCUUGGAGGCACUUUACUGUAAACCGAAACUAACUCGACGAUGAGACUUUUGAAUGUUAUUUUGUCUCGAAGAUGAAGGGGAUUGUGCUGUUUUUGUUUCUGGUAUACGUUCCCCAGCAUAACUCAGCCCUUAACGUGUCUGAGGGGGUGAAGUCUGUCCAGCUGCCCUGCCUGUCAUCUAGCUUACCUGAGGACACAACAGUGUUUUGGGAGCGCCACGGUUCCAAUCCCUCAACCGUCCACCAACAUCAGGCUCACUUAAAUGAGCCGUAUCUUCAAAACCAGCAUUUCAGUGGCCGGACAUCAAUGUCAGCAGAUGCUCUGGAAACUGGAGACCUCAGCCUCAUUCUGAAAGAACCCAACCACUCUGACAGUGGCAUAUACAUCUGCUACACAUACAGAGAAGAAGAGGGAUUAAUAGCAAUUGACGUAGUGGAACUGCAGGUCAAAGUUCCCCAGCAUAGCUUAACCAUUAACGUGUAUGAGGGUGCGAAAUCUGUGGAGCUGCCCUGCCUGUCCUCUUGGUUACUUAAGGAUGCAAUAGUGGUGUGGAGCCGCUUCGGGUUUAAUCCCUCAACCGUCCACCAGCAUCCUGACUUAAAGGAGCCCCGUUUUCAAAACCAGCAUUUCAGCGGCCGAACAUCUAUGUCAGAUUAUGCUCAGACAUUCGGAUACCUCCACCUCAGUCUGAAAGAACCCCAACUCUCUGACAGCGGCGUCUACACCUGCCACGUCCAUAACAAUGAAAAGGAAAUUUUAAGGAUGGUUGUGCGCCUGCAGGUUACAGGGCGACCCACAAUCCCUCCUGAGAUCUAUCUUUUGGCUUGCUUUAUUAUGGUUGGCCUUGGUACGGCUGUAGCUGCAUUUCUGUGGCACAACACCAUCACAGUCUCUUCUGUAGUGGUGAAAGAGGGGGUGUGGUGUGUCAAGCUUCCUUACAAAAUCAUGGUCCAUCUGCCUGAAGACGCCACCGUGAAGUGGAGUCGUUGCGCCCCCGAGUCGAUGAUGGUCCACGAAUAUUGUAAAGGCAACAACCAUCUAGUCGGACAGGAUGAGUUUUAUUGCAAUCGCACAAAGAUGCAGAAGGAGCCACUGAAAACCAGAGACCUCAGUCUGACCCUCAGGGACCCCUGCUACAGAGACAGUGGACCCUACAUCUGCACCGUCUACAAGGACAGAGAAGUCCUGACACAGAGAGUUGUACGGCUCCAAGUCAAUGUCCCCCAGGAGGUUGUGAAGGUCUGGGAUUGUGCUAAGUAUGUCACACUGCCCUUCAAAACCAGAGCUCGGCUGCCUGCAGAUGCAACGGUGGAGUGGAGAUGCUCUAAACCCGAAAACAUGGUGGUCCAUGUGUUUCAGAACGACCAAGACCAGCUCGCCACACAAGAUGAAUAUUACCAGGGUCACACAAAGAUGAAUGACUACCCGCUGCAGUCCAAAGACCUCAGUUUAACUCUCCAUAAUUCUGGCUACACCGACAGAGGGACCUACACCUGCACCGUCCACAGGGAUGGAGAACUCGUGGCAAAGAAAGUAGUGGUGCUCCGUAUCAAAAUGUCUGAAGCAGACGUUGAGGUGGAUUUGCCAGCGAAGACUGUCAAGCUGCCUUGGCUCAUCAAAGCUAACCUGCCUGCGGAGGCGAGAGUGAAAUGGAGUCGUUUCGAUAAACACUCGACAGUUCAUGUGUAUCAGAAUGGCCAAGACAUGUCUGAGCAGCAGGACAACUCUUACAGAGACCGCACAAAGAUGAGAGAAAACCCCCUGCAAACUGGAGAUCUCAGUCUGACCCUGAUUAACCCCUGUCAUGGAGACAGCGGUGCCUACUUAUGCACCGUCCUCAAGGACAGAGACCUCAUAUGGGACAGAUUGGUGAGGCUCAAGUUCAAAGGAUAUCAACUAAGAGAGUACCGAAGACGAUCCAGAUGGCACCGUGAACAAGCAGCUUCUCUGAAACAGUGACAUGUUCACUGUUUAAAUUGUCCCGCUGAUGUUAACGCUUCAGAGGAUCAGAAUUCAACUCAAGUCUCUCCUUCCUUCUCGCUCUGCCUGCACUUACUAUGUUGUGUAAUAUUUCAGAUGUUAAUGUGGAAUGUUCAAAAUGGUGUUGUGUUUUCAACAUUUCUCAUGGUCCCCUUUACAUUAGCAAUCAAUCACAAUAGUCUAAUUGUCUACCGCUCACGGGGAAUACGUUUUAAACUUCAACAUUUUCCUGAUAAGACUGAUAAGUGAUUUAGUCAAAACUUUUGUCAUUUAUUUAUUAUUUUAAUGUCCAGGAUGUCAAACCUUGUUAUUAAAAGAUAUAUAUUAAGAAAAUAAAUGAAUGAAUGAUUAACAAAAUAA